UUCCGUCGAGUCGUCAUGUUAAUAAACUAUCCAAUGAAAAUACUAAAUCUGAAGCAGAGCCAAAUAUCCAAAGAAGAACUUCGCCAAGAUUAGCACAAAAGAAAAAUACUCAAAUUAUAGUGGAAGUAACAAGAGACAUAUGGUUUGGGCAGGCAUCGGUGCAGGCAUUGCAGCGAUUAAACAGUACGGGUAUUG